AUGGCACCCUGGCAAGAAAUCGCAGCAACCCGUCAAACCGCCGUCCUCGACUCCAUCCCGACGAAAUGGCGCCUCCCCAGCAAACCAGACACAUCAACUAAGAACGUCCAGCAUAUACCACGUACCUGCGGACUCAUCACACCAGACCAGCUGCAUAUCACCGAGCAAACGACCGUUGAGCUGGCGGCGCAACUUUCUAGAGGAAAACUAACGUCCGUUGAAGUGACCGAAGCGUUUUGUGCGCGGGCAGCGGUGGCGCAUCAAUGUGUAAACUGCCUGACUGGUUUCUACUAUGAAGAGGCGAUGGGGAAGGCCGCUGAAGCCGAUGCCAUCCUCAAGGAAACUAGAAAGCCGGUUGGGCCGUUGCACGGCGUGCCGAUAGCGAUCAAGGAUAUCUUCAACAUCAAAGGCAAACGCGGCACAAUGGGCCUGGUAGCAUGGCAGGAUAAAGAAUGGGGAGUCGACGCAUCGAUCGUGACCUUGCUGAAAGCUGCGGGAGCCAUCCAGUUCGCCAGCACCACGAUGCCACAAGGCGGCAUGAUGCUGCAGACCGUCAGUCCCCUAUGGGGACGCACACUUAACCCGUUCAACACCGACUUCGCAGCCGGCGGCUCUUCCGGGGGUGACGGGACCUUGCUUGCCCUGAGAGGGUCGCCUUUCUGCCCGUCGACGGACAUUGGAGGAAGUAUUCGAGCACCAGCCGCGUUCAAUGGACUGUAUGGCAUCCGCCCCACAGCAGACAGGAUUCCAAAAUUCGGCAUGAUCAGCACUGCGCCGGGCCAGACGUCGAUCAAAGUAUCUUGUGGGCCAAACUGUCACAGCGUGGGCGACCUGAAGCUGGUCACUAAGCUUCUUUUCUCGCAUACCGAUUAUAUUGGAUUUGAUCCAACUGCGGUGCCACUCCCGUGGAAGGAGGUGCAGAGCAAGCAAAAGCUUGUGCUCGGCAUGCUGAAGACAGACGGUGUGGUCACGCCGCAACCUCCUAUCCUGCGAGCACUUGCUGAAGUGGCGGAGAAGCUGAAGGCUGCUGGUCAUGAGGUGGUUGAAAUCGAGCCUCCAAUAGAUCUAUGGGAGGCCGCCCUGGUCACGUGGAAAUUGUACUUCCAAACCGGCGCAACAGAGCUCAGAGCUCUAGUGAGCUCCGCAGAUGAGCCAUUAGAGCCGCAACUGGCCUGGUACCUCGACACAUUCGCCAUCAAAGAGCUCACAGUGCCCGAGCUAUUUCAGACAAACCUCAAACAGGCGGCGAUAAAACGGCACUUUGCCGACUUCUGGGCGUACACAAAGCAACUGACGUGGAAUGGCUCUCCCAUCGAUGGGCUGAUAUGUCCUUCUGCGCCGUCUGCCAGCUAUCCCCAUGACUUCCCGGUCUGGUGGGGGUAUUUCUCGAUCUGGAAUCUGCUGGACUAUCCGAGCGCCAUCCUUCCACUCAAAGAUUUCAGUAUCAGUGAGGAGAAGGAUCCAAAGGACACUUUCUACAACCCAAUCGAGACGAACCCAUUUGACAAGAUGAACGCGGAUAUAUAUAAUCCCAAGCUGUGGGCUGGCAUGCCGGUUUCCAUACAAAUCGUCCAGCAACAAUUUGCCGACGAAGAGCUUCUGUCCGUCACAGAAGUGGUGGACAAAGUUGUAAACUCCUCGUAG